AUGUUUUUAUGAUAAAGAUAAUGAUGUUUAUUUUUCUGUGAGCUGGAACGCUGCUCAUAUCGAUCUUCGGCGAUUCGGAACGCCAUUUCUUCAGAUUAUAAUACAACCAAUUUUAAGAGUCGUUUAACAGGCUGUCUUUUGUCUUGGUGAAUGUUGCUUCAAAUUUAGAUUCAUUAUUGUAGUGUUCCAAUGGUGGCUUCCCGUUUUUACGACAAAAACAAAUUAAAAGGAGGGAAAUAUUGAAUUAUUUGUAAAAUGUAUUUCUCUUUAUUAUUUUGAUAGUCAAUGUAAACUAUAUUGAGCAUAUUAGUAAAAUGUGAGUAAGUUUAGUGCUUCCUAAACUUGAUUAGGCUGUUUUCUCGAGUGUUUUAUUGUGGUUUUUCAAGAAGUAACAUGGAAGAGUUAAGAACCAAACACAAAUCGCUGCAGACUGCGGCCCACCACAUAGCCCUGGAGUGUAUACACCCACAGGUACACCACAACAUAGAAAUAAAUAGAUUACAAUCGCACUACCAACUACCUCUUUUCUUGAGCUAUUAGAUUUUCCUAUAAUUGGUAAUAUUUACUGAAAUUCAUACAUAUAAUUCAAAGUUGAUGGGUUUGAGUUACGCUAAAGGAAGGUUAUUUAUAUUAUUGUGCCAGCUUUUGUCCCUUUGAGAGAAAAGAGUUUAAUUCAAUAUUUUCUAAUUAAAUUUUAAAUACUGUACAUGGAACCUAAGUAUUUAUAUCUGAAAAACAAUACUUAAGCAAUAGAAAAUAGUGUUAUAACCCUCAUAAUCUGGGAUCCAUGCUGCGGUAUCUACACAUACUUUGAAAUGGUAUAUUUGUGUGAAUUUGCUCUACAGUUGACAAAUGCAAUAUCACUACAUAGUAUAAAUGACUUAUAUUUUAUGAGUACAUAAUAUAUAAAAUGUGUGCACAAUUAUAUUUUAUGUGAAUUUCAGAUGUGAUUUAGGAACAUAGAGAAUUUUCAGCGACAAUGAAGAGCCGCGUCCGUUGGGGAAUGAACGUUAACAGCUAUCAUGCGGACAGUUACAAAUGGUGUUUGUCCACCCAUGUCUGUGCGUUGGGACUAGCAGUCGGCGCACGGGUCGCCUUACCACGUGCACCCGUACCCGUCGCCCGUGCGGCUGCAGCAUGCCUUCCAGAGCACCCAGCACAGUCCCAAGAUGUUCCAUCCCAAGGGGCUCAAGCCGCACCUCGAUCCCCGCGCUUAUGGGACUCCAAACGAAAGUCCCAUCCUGGGGCGGGCGCUCUGCCUCACGCCCAGAGGCAGCCCGGUCCCGGGGCGCGUGUCCCACCUCAACGAGAAGUUCCAGGACUCCCUGACCCUCACCUCGGACACCGAUGCCUUGGUGGCCAAGAUCAGCGCCAUGUUCCCCACCGUCAGUGAAACUCAUAUCAAGAUACUGCUUAAGAAGUACUACAACCGCGAGGCCGUGGUGAUAUCGGCGCUGCAGGUAGAGAAGCACCCGAUCACGACGCCGGGGCCGCUCACCAUGUCGCCCUCCGCCACGCGGCUGGCGCGCACCGCCCCCGGCCUGCACUCCGCGCUACACCUCGCUAAGGGCAUGUCCAGCUCAGUGCACGGCUCCAGCCACUUCACACCGCUCACUGCAACGCCGCAUGGGUCUCCAUCCUUACUCCGGCCAGCAUCAGGUGCGUCUAGCUACUACGGCGCUAGGUCAGUAGACGGCCAACCGCCUCGGCAUCAGUCACCUAAGAUGAAGCUCAAGUACCUCAAAAGCAUAUUUCCGAAGGCGGAAGAGACGCUAAUCCUUGACAUACUGGCGAACAAAGACAACAACGUGCAGAAGGCAAGCGAGGAGCUGAUAGGAAUGGGGUUCACUAAGAAGGAGACGGUGGUCGCUCAGAAGAAGGAACAGACGCCUGUGCCGCAGAAGAAAGUCGUCACCAUCAUGAAGACAACGGCUGAGAAAAAUGAAUUGAAAGAGAAACUGCAGUCAAAAUAUUCGGGAAUAGCAGAACGGGUGAUAUCGAUAGCUCUCGAGAGCGUAGAGUAUAAUGAGGAGCGAGCGGAACAGAUCCUCAACGCAGUGCUGCAGGAGGAGGCGGCUCCGAAGGUCGCCAAGGUCGAGGUCAAGGAGACGCGCCGCGAGAGCACCGUCGACGUCAAGCGGGGUGGCCUCGCGGAGCAGCGGCCGCCGAGCCCGCCGCCCGCGCCGCCCGCCUCGCGCCGCAUCAAGACCUGGACCGAACACCUGAAGCCGAUAUUGAAGACGACGAGUAAUGUGGAGUCUAAGUUCAAGUCGCAGCUGUGCGCGACGACGACGGGCCCCAACCCGGCGCUGCGACGCGGACCCAACGACACGCUACUGCUUGAGGACUAUAUUCCGUGGACGGGGCCAGACCCCGAGCUGUGCAGCGGCCAGGCAGUCAAGAUCGAAGGGCCGGAGACCAGGGAGAAACCCUUCUCCCUUGCUCGCGGACCUUCAGGCCUCGCUAAGGGCCCCGCCGGCAUCGCCAAGGGCUCUCUCUACCAGAAACUCAGCAAGAAGUCUGCUAAAAUAAUCGGCUGAAGAGAUCGGCGAUGGCGCGGGACCUCAGCAUUCCGAAAGAAAGUAUUUAUUUUUAUUGAUAAGAAGAACGAGUGUUCAAAAUAUCGUUACGAUAAUUUAGUUGCACUUUGUUUCAUGGAACAGAACUAUAACUAUAGCGAAACUAAUACUUUUAUAAUGUUCUAUAAAGUACAACAUUCCUCAAAAGUACACUUACUAAAUAAUUUUAUUCAAAAAUACUCGUAUACUAAGAAUUAAUGGCGGUAACUUAAUGCAGUUGUAUUACGUGAUCUAAUAAAAGCAGAACAGUAGCAAAAUACUGUUGAUCUUAGCGUUACACGCAAUAAUAAAAAUAAUUGUCCGAGUACUGCUAUGGAUACGUAAUACCGCUGUUAUAAUUAUACCCUAUUUAUAUUUAUUACUUAAACAAAGUUCAACUAAAGUAACUUCCGAAUAUUCGUUGUAAGUUAACUCAUUCCUUAGUAUAGUACGAUCCUCAAGUAUCGAGUAGUCGUGACUUGCUCAACCCUAGUAUAGAGAGCAUAACCAGUCUUCAUUCCAUUUUUAAUACAUUUUAUAUUAUUAUCUACCUUUAUACAAAUGUUGGCACUUUUAUUAAUAUAAUGUAUCCAAAUCGUUUUGUCGAAGGCGUGUCUGGAUGAACGAUGACUUUAAAUUACUAGAAAAUUGAUGUGCUGUGGAGAUGUUGACUCAGUAUGAUAAAUAAAUAACUAUUUAGACUGCCAGGUAGGUCAAAAGUGUUAAAAAAUAUUUUAUCAAAUACAGACAACCAAAUACAGCUCAGAUAUAUUGAAAGUUAAGGAUGGAUGGUAGUUAAUAUACUAUGUCCUUCUCCUAUCCUUUAAUUUAUUUGAAUGUAUCUUGGUAAUAUUUCUCUCUAAUACUUUUACACUUGGAAAAAGAAAAGAAGUAGUCGGGGCUUCCUUAUACUUGUCUAUGUUCCAUGCUUCCAUUUAAUAUACUUACAAAGAGUUAACAUCCCCAUUUAUAUCAAUUUAUAUCUGUUAAGCAUUCAAAGUUUGUUUACUCAAGUCAAGACAAUGCCUCUCGACACCUUAGUAAGACUUAAUAGCUUUAGACAAUUCAUAUUCUUGCCAAAUUGCAUUAUUGUGGUCUUAUUAAUAUUAUUAUCUUUAUCCUUCAUAUAUUAACCAGCUCCCACCUUACAAUAGAAAAUGGCCAUUUUGUAAAGUAUAAAUGGUUCAAAUGUAUGAGAUUUUACGUUUACGAUAUCUUUAUGCUUAUCAUAGACAAUCUGCUUGUAACCAAAGACAAUAGUUUUAAUAACUCGACAAUAAUGUGUGUAUUGUAUGUUGUGCCCCGUUCUUCCUCUUUAAUUUAAUAGUAGCAUUAUUAUUAUUAAAUUACAUUAGUAGUUACAUUACCAGGGACUCAUCCGGCCAAAGAGGUGUGAAAAUUAUGAAGUGAAAACAUUUCUUAAGAUAUUUAAAUUUUGGGCGAAAUUAUAUAAGCUUAGCGUUUUCCAUUAACUAAAUGUUACCACUCGAGUGAGAAUGCGACACUAUGAUGUUGCUAUCAACUAAUUUGAAUGCCUUCCAACUUUUGUAACAAUAGAUAAAUCUUUAUACUAAUUGUGUAUCGAAAAAUAUUUAAAAGAAAUGUUCCGUCUCUGAAACGACGAUGGAAUUAGAAUAUUGUGACGUAAUUGUCUGAAAAUUGAUGUGAAGGACGUUAGUCGUUUGUAACUGGGUGUAUCGUUUGUGUAUAUGGGCUCUCCGUGAUCUGGGCAAGACAAUCAGUCUGGCAUUAAAGAUACAAAGCGCGCUCUGGCGAACAAAACAGAGAAUUAAGCGUGUAAUCAUAAAAAACAAUUAUUCCAAGGUUUUGAAUACCCCAGUGUGUGCAGUGCAAUCAUUGAUGUAUAAAAACUUAAGUUGCACACAGAUUAUCAAAAACCUCACGUAAUAUCUAUUCUGAAUGUCCAGUAGCGUAUUAAAACUUUGUCGCCUUUUUCAAAUAUAUGGCAUAGUAAAAACAAGCGUAUAUCAUAUGCAAGGUUGAAUUUGCAAAAAUUCAUAUCGAUUCCUUUUAUUCGGGUUUUUAAUACAUCAAUGACUAAAAAACGUAAUUUAUCAAGCUGACGCAGCUCUUCGAACUUUAGGCUACCUCUUCUCGGCAUGUAUCACUAAUUAGCAUAAUAAAUUAUUUUUGUAUAUACACAUUAAUUAGGCGUAAUUAGUAACGUUAUGUGCAAUAUCAUCGUCCGCGGCUCAUGGACUUAGCUAAGUAUAAGUUAUUAUAAGUAUUUAAACAGUAGUCAUAUUUAAGCGUAGACAGUUAUAGCCGAAUCUUGUUGUUUUUCUCACGUUGUUCUGUUAAUUAUAUACCGCUUAAUUACUAUAUACAGCUUAUAAUCAUUUUCUGAUGAGCUUAAUAUAUUAAUGCUUUUUUGUUCCAAGUGUUGUCCACCAAGUACCAUAUGACACUGUAAAAACUAGUCCUUUGUAAUAUAAUUGCUAAAUACUUACCUGUCGAUCAAAGACUGCUUCUUAUUCCGAAUGAUUUUGACAAAUUAGCGUUAGCUUUUGUAAUUAUUUUUGAAAGAGAUAUGCAAGCUCGUUGUUUAAAUUUAGUGUUUAAUGCUAAACAUGGGUAGGAAAUGUAUGUUUUGCUGACAGAAGAAAAUCUCAUAUUUAUUUACCGACUAUUACAAAAUAUUUAGCUAUUUUUGUGCUCUUUGCCAAUGCCUUUUUAGUAUAAAAUAACUUAGUGCCGUAUUUGGCUAAAGUGUGUACUUCAGAAACUUCCAGCAAUAUAGAUAUUCGUCUCCACAAUAUCCAAGUUAGUAGUGUAGUUAAAUCCAUAGCGAAUCCAUUUGUUGUCAUAGUAUUAAGCGUAGUGCAAUAAACUUACAUUAUUUAAGUGUUCCAAUACAUUUGUGCCAACCGUUACAGUUUGUGUAGUUCUGUGUUUAGUAUACGACUCCAGUUUUAAUGUUACCUGCAAGUGAUUGCACUUUCAUCGAAUAUUUCUUCCAGUUUUUAAAGUUUUGACCGACUUUUAUUAGAUGUUAGCCACAUAUAAGGCGUAGCUCUUCACUUGUGUGAUCCACAACUUGCAGAGACAAUGAGACCUCGUUUUAUUUAGUAAUAAUAUCAGCCGAUAACCUCUUAGAAUUUCUACUACAUGAAAAUGUUUUUACUUAAGAAUUGUGAACAGACAAGUUUUGAUACAAUCGAUGAAUAAUUUCGAAAAUAUUUUUCAUAUUUGAGAAGACGACGCAAAACAGAUCAUUUUUGAGAAAAAGGAAAAACAAGCUCUUUGUAAUGUAUGCUGGACUGUCAUCAAAAGUAUUUGUAAAUUCGCGUAUCUUUCGCACUAAUGUUAAGUAUUGGUAUAAAUUGUCUUCGGCCAUGGCAACAUAUCUCUUGAGGCUCAGUCUCUACCUAGUCUAGUCCAGAAUCUAGUCAAUUAGGUGAAUAUAUUGUAGCGAUCACACAUUAUUUUUGUGAAUAUUGUCGAAUUAAAAUUGUUGGUUUGUCCAAA